UUGUGCUACAAUUUUUUUUUAUCGUUCGUUUCAUCCUCAUCUUUCCCGCUAGAAGCUCGGUCUGAUGUACGUAGUGCAUGGAUCUGGAGGAGUUGUACUAAAGUACCUGUGUGCAUGGCGUACAUCUCCGGACCCGAAGCAGGCCACGUUACGUUCGAAGAACAGGAUCAUCAUCACCACCACCACCAUCACCACUACUACUACGACCAUCAUCAUGAUGGUGGUAUUCUAGCAGAGGGAGGAUCCUAGUAUUAGCAGUAGUACAUAGUAGUAGUCGAAUUUGUUGGAGGGUGGCAUGCGGUGUGACGUCGCUUCUGCAACCCAACAAAGCGCCGCUUGGUUCUCUGGAAGCCUGCAUUGCAUGGAACUCUUGGACAAGGGAUCGAAAUUUCGGAGAGUGGCGCGCUUCUUCACGUUCCUUGUUGGUGUUCAGAAUCGCUCAGUCCACGUGAAGAGUGAAGACAAGCUCGAGUUUUCAACCCAGGGUGAAACGGAUGUUGACAGACACAACGGUGUAUUGGCAAAAGUGCUUCGCAGAAUUUGAAAUCAACCCAGAUUGCAGCAGAGAGCCAAUCCCUCCAAGUCCAUGAAUCAUGAACGAUCUUCACCUUUCUACAAUGACGGAUACCGAAGACAGUGAUAACAACAGCAUCAAUGGCAUUGACAAAGGCGAAGAGCGAUCUAGCGGAUCUUCGUCCAUGGAGCUGCGAAAAUACCGAAAGUUAACGGCCAAGAAGCGCAUCCUCGAGAAGCUGAAACUUCAAAGCUCCAAAGAUGGUAAACCAGAUCCGUUAUCUGAGGAGCCUGCUCCAAAAGUGUCCAGGACGGACGAGGAAGACAUGUGUAACCGGGAGACAUUAAGCCAAACAAGGGCUCGAACAGAUUCGGCGACUCCGUUGAUUCCAAAGAAGGAGACAGAUGACAUCAAAACGGACGAGAACAGAGACAUUGUGGACAUCAGUGAAAGCAACACCAUGACACUCGAGCAAUUCACUGAUAUCGUCCUGGCGUCAGAAGGUCUGUCGUCUGUGAAGAAGGAGCCCAAGAGUCCAAAGCCGGUUUUAAUCGAGGAACGGGAGUCCCCGAACACGUUCCCAAUGGGCAGGCAAUCUCCUCCUGGUGGACACAAGAUGAAAGAGGAGAACAACAACUGUAACAGCAAUCAUUCUAAUAACAGUACUAGCACUAAUAAUAACAACAAUAGCAAUCACAACAUCAUCAUCAACAACAAUAAUAACCACACCAAGCAUCAUCUGAACGGGAUUAAGAAAACCAGUGACAUGGUGGCCAAUCUCAUUCAAAACAACAACGAUCUCAUUGUUGAGGUCAAGCCCAUGACUCCAAAGCCAGUAGUAUUAUCGCCGAGACAACCCCCGGGGUUUUCCCACCAGCACCAGGGCAACAUUCACAAAAACGUUCUGUCGUCGUCGGUGGUAGUCUCGGUCAAGCCCCGAAUUCACCCCACACCACCCUCACCUUCCAAGGUGGGACUUCCGCCCAACAAACCGGUGAAUAUCUCGCGGAUGGUGGAGGAGUGGAUCAGUAAGAUGCCUUCCCCUUCGGAUGGACACUCCGUCGCCAAAUCGGACUGUGCUUUGAACCUAAGCACCAAAUCUGGGAUCACCAGUAAAACGACUCAGGUCUACCUUCGCCCUAUUCCAACUCCACCCAAGAUAUCCAAACCCAACGGACAUGUGGCUCACAUGAGCACAGCGGGCUCACCCAAACACUUGUCCGGUUCCAUUUCGGGUGAUAAGCAUCGGUCGUCCCCUUCACAACAUAAGGCCCAUGCUCAGUAUUCGCCUAACCAAAGCCCCAAGCUUGUGGUCAAACCACCCACGUUAUCACCCCCACGACUGGAGAUCAAGAAAGUGGAGCGGGACAACUUACCAAACUCGCCCAUGAAGAAAGUGGGACGUGCCUCUCCAUUUGAGAACAACGUCCAUUUGGACAGUAUUAAGACCCGGGCCUUGCGCGAUGUCCAGUUAGCCCACACCAAGGACGUCCACGGAAACUAUCCGAUUCACAUGUCCGUCUUGAUGAGGAAACCCGACCUUGUCCGUCGUUAUUGCUGCAUUCUUCAGGUUUUGGAGUCCUCCAUGGACUUGCUCAACGAGGACCAAUUGACCCCAUUGCAUCUAGCCAUCCAAGACAAUUCGGUGGAGAUUGUGGACAUUCUUCUGGCCUUUGGAGCCGAUCCUGGUGUUCAAGAUAGGCGAGGCAAUACCAGUUUUCACACUGCGAUAGCCAACAAAUCCCUGGACAUUCUCAAACUUCUGAUGAAGCAUUUGAGGAGCAAAGAUUGUUUGAACCGUCUCAAUGAAUUUGGUAUUACCCCGUUGCACAUUGCAACUAUAAAUGGCGACACUUCGUCAGCCGCAAUCCUCACGAAAUACGGUGCAAACCCCUCAAUACCGGAUGCCAUACAAGGACUGACACCGUUGGCAAUGGCCAAGCAAGACAAAUUAGAGCACAUUAUUGACUCAAUACCCAAGAAAACGACAGUGGAGAUUCCAUCCAGAUGACUUGAAGAUGCCCACCCACUUUCAAUCUAUGACGAAAUGAAAUUUGAUCAGUUUUAAGCCUGUAACAGAGUCGAAUCCUGCCAAAAUUUACAGUAAUUAUAACCAAAGUUAUGUUCAAGCCAACAUCUUAAACGAAGAAAAAGGAUAUUGAAAGUGAAAUAUACAAAGUGCAUUUUA